AUGACUGCCGACCAGCCAAUUCGAUCCCGCGAAGGACUUGCUCGGAAGCCUGGUCUGGGAGCGGCGUCGCUGAGCGACAUGGAGGAUUCCAUAGUUAGCAAGAUGCCUCUGGCCCUCAAUGAGCUUGGUGGGGUGACAGCCAGGAAAAAUCAUGACAUGAGAAGUACUGUGAAAGAAAAACAUGUACGAGCUAAUAAAGAUAUUUCAGCUCAAAGGAUCCAGAGAGCUUGGUUAUCUCAUAUGGACAAAACAAUAUUUCAACUCCUGAAGCACACAGUUUGUGCAGCGGAAUGUUGUGUGACACAUGAAAUACUGAAGAAAGUGAGCCCCUUAGAGGCUGAGCUCCUGAAAGAUCCUAGCAUGAAGUGUAAAGUUAGAUUCAGAUUUAGUGGUGAAACAUUUCCACCUUUCAUCGUAUUUAAAAUUUUUCUUCAUACUGAAGGCCAUGGUAACAAGUAUUUCAGUGGAAGAAAUUUAUUUAAGCCAUCAAAUGAGGGAGUGGCUGAUGCUUGCAAAAUGAUGGGGAAAAAGAAGUUUUACCAUCAAGUUAUGGAAGAUGAACAUCUUUUCCAGAAAUUCAAAAUAACUGAUGAAAUAGAUAUUGUCACCCUGAAAGAUUACAUGCAAUAUUCCAGUCUCCUGGAUGAGACCCCUGCAUCUUCUGGUGGCAGAAAUAACUACUGGCGAAAAUUAAACCUCAAAAACAUCCCCAGAACAAUGAUAAUAUAUGACAUAGUUGAUUAUGCAGAGUCUGGAAUAAUCUCAAACCGUCUACAAAAAGAAAUGAAGUAUCUAUUACAGAGACCACAAACAGAAGAGAUGCGUCAACAUCAGCUACAGAUUGUUUCUGAAGUUAGAUGCCCUUCAUCCUUUUCAGCUAUCAAACCUUUAUAUCGGCCCUACCAACAGCAGAAUCAAAUUAAACAUCUGGGUCGUCGAUCCAAGCAAGCUCAAAUGAAAGUUGAAAAAAUGAAAAAAGCCUAUAAGAUGGCUAAAGAAAAAACUGCUUCCAUGGGGAUGUCUCCCUGGUCCCGAAGCGUUCUGUGCCCACAUCAGUGGUUCUGGAUCCGGGAGACAUCUGGCCUGGCCCGUACAGAAACGGGACAUCAGGAGCUUGCACCCGGCUUCCGCAGAUGCCUACUGGCUGAGGGACUGGGCUGCGAUGACCUGAGCCCAGGCGUCCUGACCAAAUCGAUGGAGUUCUUGAAUCCAGUCAACCUGAAGGCCGGCACCACAGCUUUACUGGAAUGCCGUGAGCUUCAGAUGAGAGAAUUCAUGGAAAGCACCAAGUAG